AUGACGACACUCGUUUUCGCCGCGCCGCGGCAUGUGUCCGGCGCGUCGCGAUCUCUCCUCGCCGCUUCCGCCGCCUUGCUCCUCCUCCUCCUCGCCUCCUCCGCCCCUCCCGUCGCCGGUGCAGAGCGCGACGCCGUUGCUUCGCCGAAGGACCGGCGGAGUCUGCUGUCGCGUGCCACGUCAGCGCAGCUGACGGAAAUUCAGGGCGCGCUGGCGGCACUGGCGGCGGCGAGCCCGGCGUUCCUCCUCAUGGCGUCGCAGUCAGAUCUGGUAACCACGCUGCGCGACAUUCUCGAGGGCAACAAGAGGGCCACCAUUCUCAUGCCCCUGCCCAACGCCAUGGACGCUGUAGUGGGCGGAGCAGUGACAGUCUGUAACGGGUACACCACAGACGAAACUACACUCUAUCAAAUCAUUGAUGGAUAUAAAUCACACGCGGAUCUGCUAGCGGGUGCUCCUGGCACGCAGUACACAACGCUGCUUCCAGGAAAGUACCUGGUGAAGAACAGUGCGAGCAACGCAACGCACGUUGUGCUGCAGGCGCCAUCCAAUGAGCGCAACGCCACUAUAGUGUACCCCAACCUGUACAAGGGCACAUCUUUCUAUGUGCAUGGCAUUAACAACAUUCUGGUGCCAGACAAGCAAUGA